GAAAGCUGGGUUCGAGAGUAGGACACAUGUUUUGCGGUGGUUUUCGUACGGGGCGUGUGGGGCUCGAUAUUUUGAUUAUGCUACCAUUCACCACGACCAGUCCCACCUAGCUCAAUUGUUGUAUCUGUACAAAUCUAUGCUGUUACAUGGAUGUUUGAUCUAAUUUAAGCUGCUCAGGUGUGCUUGCAUGCUCGUUCCCUGCCUAUAUCAUCGAAGAGCAGACAACCACUACACAAACAGCUAUGCAAGCACUGGAAAUCGGAGAUCUUCCGGAGGAACUGACUUGUCGUCCAAAGGCGAACGUCGGCUUCAUGGGAUUGGACCCACAGAAUAACAACAUCCACUCUGCGGUGUGGCAAGCAUUCACGAGCAACAGAGGACCUGACAGAGCUCCAAUAAGUUUUAAUUUGUUGCCGGAGAAGCACCAAUUUCCAAAGCCGAAACCCAAGCACCCCUCGUAUGAAUGGUAUGAUGAAAGGGGCAUCCUGAAGACGAAUUGGCUGCACAAGCAUAUGGUCGAGGUGCCUGCUGUGGUAAUCCUUUUCUAUGACUUGGACUGGGAUGAUCAGAAUUGGGCCGAGAAACGAAAUGACUGCGCCGCAAAAUUAAAAGCCCUAAGAGGAAGUGUGCAAGGUAGAAACAUGAAAGUUGCCCUGGUCCUCGUUCAAAAUAGUCCUUCCAUACCUGUGGGUGACAGCAUAUUAGCGACUGAGAGAGCUCACUCUCUGUGUACUGCCUGUGAUCUCCAGCCGAAGUCGCUUUUUGUGCUACCUUAUUCGGACCACUUAUUUGGCUUCAUACUACGGCUAGAAAGUGCAUUCUUAGAAAUAGCCCAGGGCUAUUACACAGCCCAGUGCAAGCACAUAAGGGCGCACAAGGAAUUUCUGAACAAGAACAACCAUCAACUUCUCUUGAUAAGACACCAAUUCAAAAUGGCGUUCAUGCACGAAUUAAAGCAGGAUCCAACAUCGGCUCUUAGGCAUUACAAGCAGGCAUAUACCAACCUCUGUGAAUUGAAAGUAACCGAAAGGAAUUCGUUAGAAGUCAAAACGGUAGCUGGGUUUCUCAACUACAAGUUAUGCCAGCUGGCGUUCGUGCUCAAUGUUCCAUUGGAUGCCAUCCAUCAGUUUAGGAAGCACAUAGACUAUUUCAGGGACCACACUGGAUCUCCUAGGCUGGCCUUUGAACACAGUGUGUGGCUUUCCAAACAGUUCAGCCACUUUGGCGACCUCUUUGAAGAUGCUGUGCAGUUAGGGCUGACGGCGAUACAGACGCAGCACCCUGGCUUUUAUUACCAGCAAGCAGCCAACAACGCCAUGAGCAGGAAGGAACAAGCGCAUAAAAUUUCCGUGGACAUGACCAGCUACCCAGAUCCUGACCCACUGGAAGGUAUGGACUCCUUAGAGUUCUAUGGCCAGCGACCGUGGCAGAACAACCAAUCAGCAAAGGGGGACAGCCCUGAUCCCCAGUUGGAAGAAAAUGGAAUCAAGGCAUUACUGUACAGGGAGAAGUUGGUCGAUCACUCAGCCCUUGUGAUACCUCUUCUAAGCAGUGCCGUUGCACAGUUCAAGAAGUAUCGCUGUCCCAGGAUGAAGAGGCAUCUGAUGGUCCAGAUUGCAGAAGAAUACUACUCAAACAAGGAGUACGACAAGGCUCUCAGUAUUCUUACACACAUCCUGUGGGACUACCGCACCGAGCGGUGGCGGCCCCUGGUGUCUGAUAUCCUGACAACUGGCCUCAAGUGUGCCUACCUUUCAGCCAGCGUGCCAGAGUUCCUCAUGCUAGGGCUGGAGUUUAUUUCCAGCUGGAUACUGGGAAGUCAAGAAGACAAGAGCUCGGUUCAGACUAGCGUGUUUAACAUCAUUGAGAGAAAACAUCCUGUGGCAUAUCCCGGUCUCUCUGAAUCUGAAGUCAGCAGUGCUGAUGUGGCCUGGAGGAAUGCGCUUUCGGCUCCCGCGGAAGACCAAAUGCACAAUCUAGAAAUGGACCACAUUGUUCAGUCAAUCGAAUGCAAGGUACAUUUUACCCAGCACUCGUUUUCUGCAGACCAACGUGUCUGUCUCAAGGUCUACUUAAGAUCCAACUGCCCUUUGCCGAUAAAGGCCACCAGGCUGUCUGUGCAUUUCAAUACCACGCAUUACAAUGACUUCUGCAUUGUGGACGACACCUGCCCUGGGAACAGCCUUCACCUUGUGCCCCGCAGAACGCAGGCGUUCUCCUUUGCGUUCCUCUCGAAGCCUUGUGAUGUCAACACAGAAAUCCAGGUUGCCUCAGUCCAUCUACAGUUGGGCAGCAAAGAGGGGUUCGGCCUGAUGUUAGUGUGGAACGUGGACAAGGCAUCUCUAACCAGCAGGGCAGGAUUGGCGUGGGAUCGAAUCCCCAAGCGGAGCUUCGUAGGAGGAGAGGAAAUAGGUUUCCACCAACUGCCGCAGCUCUCUUCUACACGCAUCCACCAGAGAAGGGCCUGCAUUCGGGUCGACCUGGACCACAAGCCUCCGGUGCUGCUUCACGAAUUCUACCCUUUGUCGGUGAAGAUCACCAGUGAAGAGGCUAGUCCACUGACGGAUGUGUGCCUCAGUCUGGGCCUUGUGGACGAUCUGGAUCCAAAGUACUAUUCGAGCACCCAUUUUACUUGCGAAGAUGGCGAUGUGCCAAGCCAGCCCACCUCAAAGCUUCAUGGGUUCCAUGUGGACGACAUCUUGCCAGCUGAACAGAGGAAGCAAACCAUACUUUUGAGGAACUCUGAAAUAGGAAUUAGAAGAAUUUUCGUCAAAGUGGCAUACAAGACCGAUGUCGAAGUAGACGAUCAAACUUUGUGUUGUAGCUGCUCAAAAGAGAUUCAAAUGGACUUGGAAUGCAUAGAGCCAUUUACAUUUUCUACGAGUAUCUUGAAUAUGAAGUUUGAAACAGCGGAAAGCGUACGUGCAGAAGAGCAGUUCAUUGUGCAGGUGGAUAUUGCAUCGAAAUGCCCAUUACAGCUCGAACUGGUGUCAGGAACCUUAGAGCUAGCGCAUCACGUAACGAGUGUUGACAAGGAUGUGAGAUCUCUCGUUGAAAAUGUAGGACUUUGCAAUGAAGAGGCUGCGAGAGACCUUUUCUGCCUAGUGGCACCAAGUGCUGUGGAGACACCGACGUGCUUGGGGAAAUACACCUUGCAAUGGAAGAGGAAGCAAUCGACUACAGUGGCAGAGCACUCGGUAUCACUUCCUACCGUAGCAGUGCAAGCUUGUCCUCUACUACUAGAACUUCAAGCACCAGCUCACGGCUCAGUUCGCACGCCACUUACGGUUAGCUACGUCGUGCACAACCGGACUCUUCUAGCGCAGGAUAUUGAGUUGUUCAUGGACUCUAGCGAUUCGUUCAUGUAUUCAGGAAACAAGCAGCUACACUUCCGGAUAUUGCCUCGGGAGCAACAGAUGCUGACGUACAAUCUCUACCCGCUGGUGUCCGGCUAUGUUCCACUUCCCAGAAUGCACAUUGUCAUUAACCCAAACACAGUCAAUGCAUCUACCUUAGAUGCACUCAUUGGAGAGAUGGUGCCAUCACACAUCUUCAUAAUGCCCCAGAGCAAAAAUGGAGCUCAAGUUGCAAGUCGACAGCUGCCGUGGUAGAUCAUUUGAAAUAUUGCAUCAUUUGUACAGAAGCCUGUGUUCUUUAAUAAACAUUCGCUGGAGAUGUGA